UUAAUUUUUACUUCCGAGUCAAUAUGGCGGCGUCCGUAUGACCCAUGUAAUGUCUCUUUGGUAGUUGUGGCUUCCUGUCGUUUCUACCAUGGUGCUGUCCUUUUCUACAAGGAUGGCGAUGUCAGGCCGUCUGCUGCUGACAGGUUGUCUGUCCAGCACACACAGAGCUGCUAUAGCCGGUGUUAAGACUUUUGAGAUCCCUCCAGAUUUCAGUGGCGUUAGUAUAAAAGAUCGACCCAAGCUGCGCUUUGUGAACAAAGUUCCCGACCUUGUGAAAGUAAAGAAGGAACCAAAAAACCUAAGUGAUAUCAGAGGCCCAGCAACAGAGGGGCGUGAUUUCCAGGAAGGAGAGUUUGGCAUUGUGGCUCUUGGUGGGGGCUACUUAAAAUGGGGCCACUUUGAGAUGAUCCGUCUGACCUUGAACCGUAGUCUGUCACCUCGUACAACUUUUAGUCGCUGGCUUGUGGCCCCUCCUCAGAAGCCCGUUACCAGAAAGGGGCUGGGCCAGCGAAUGGGAGGUGGGAAAGGAGCAGUGGAUCAUUAUGUAACUCCCGUCAAAGCUGACCAGCUUAUCGUAGAAGUAGGCGGGCGCUGUGAGUUUGAAGAGGUCGAACACAUUUUGACUCAGGUGGCAAAAAAACUUCCUUUCCCUGCUCAGGCUGUGAGCAGGGAGAGCCUAAAAGCAGCCCGCGAUGAACUAGAACAGAGAGUGCAAAAUAAUCAGAAUCCAUGGACUUUCUCACGGAUUGCCAGAACCAACAUGUUGGGCUGUCGGAAGUAUAUAAGUCCGUUUGAUAUCAAGCAUAAAGGCAGAUACUGGGGCAAACGCUGUUUGCUAGACAGAGUAUAAUGUGAAUCUGUCACUGAAAGUCACAUUAAUAGUGUGUAAUGUCUGCGUGAUGAUUUAUUGAAAUUAGUCAAAAACAUUUCUCAUGUGUGUGAUUGGUUGUUUAUUUUACUUGUAUAGUAUUGUCUACAAACAGUCAAGUUGAUUAAUCAUAUCGGAAAAUGAGGAGCCUUGCAUCCUGAAAAUCGUCUUGAUUACUAAUACAUUAGACCUUGUCUAAAAGGAAUAAUUCAAUUUCAUAAUAAAAUGCUUUAUGCUGUA